AUGGCAUUCUCUGCUGAGAACGACAGCGCAUACGGUUUUGGAAAGGGCUUGACCUCUCCUACCGAUUUGGGCUACUCUAUUCCCAAGGCCUCUCAGACUAAGAGCUCGCUAGUUGCGAACCCCUGGGAUACUGAAAGUACUGCAGCCAUACACAGAUCAUUGAAUCCUUCCGUAAACAACAAUGACAGUGUAUUUUCAGCACCUCUCCCUCGACAAUCAUCCCUCAGCGAGACUGAACAGCAACAGCUCAGGGAUGCCUUUUCUUCGCGUCCAACAUAUCGUAUGCCAGCCACUACUGUACUAGGUCAUUCCGUUUUUUCUCCAGUCAAUCGAAUGAUUCAUGACGAAGUUUUGCAUGAAAGUUCCAGUAGCAUGGAGUCGCAUUUAUCUGCAUAUCUAUCUCCAAGAACAACUCCGGCAGAACUAGAACAAGAAACCGACCCUUGGCGAAGUGUUGCACAAUCGUUUGAUUUUUUAAAUGGGAAAAAUCACCCUAAUACGUUCAAUUCUAUUUCAUCAUCAGAUCCUUAUAAUAAAAUUGAGGAAUUGCGCCGUCGCUCAUCCAACCUUCAAUCAAAUGGAAAUGAUGUUGAAUUUAACUCAAAACCUGCAACUGGCCUUUCUUCAUCCGUUCCUUCCACCUCAGAUGCAUGGCAAGAUUCUACUCCAACUUCAAAAAAUAUUAUUGAUCAGCGCUCGUCUGUUCAGUCUAAUGGAAAAUCUGUUUGUUUGAAGCCCUCUGUAAACUGGUCUGAUGUAAUUCCUCGUGUGGGUCCUCAUAUCCCACUUCCUAUCGAGGAAUUCCCUCAAGAUACUAUCGAGGUUGCAGUAGCACCUGAACGAGGAGGUUUUGUAUUCAAGCAUAUCAAUUACACUGUGACUUCUCAGAUUAGAUCUAGUACAGUUCUUCGUAGAUAUUCCGAAUUUUGGUGGUUAGCAGAAAUUCUCACUAAGCGAUAUCCAUACAGAAUUCUUCCAGUUCUACCACCAAAAAAAGCUGUGGGAGUGCAUCAAGAAUUUAUUGAACAGAGACGACAAAGACUUGCACGAUUUAUUAAUUUUGUUGUGAAUCAUCCCAUUUUCAGAAAAGAUGAUAUGGUGUUUAUUUUCAUGACAUGGAAUUCAGACAUUCAAUCUUUUCGAAAUGCACAGCAAAUAUCUAUCGAAGAAGAGGGUAGUUUAUUGCAAUUGACUGACACCAUGAGGCAAAGUGUGCCGUUGGAUGUUCACGAUCGUCUUGCUGCAUUCCAAUCGAGUAUAGACUUUCAAUUACAACAAAUACACGAUCAGUGUGUAAUUAUGCAACGAAUUAUUCAUAGAGCCCAAGAUACUUGCGUUGACUACGUUAAAUAUAGUGAAUUUCUACGUGGGCUAGCUGAAAAUCAGUAUGUGGUAGAUCCAAACUGUGAACACCAUAUCCGCACUGGACGCACAUAUAGACAAGUUGCAGGAAUUCUCCAAAGCACAAGUCAGAUUUACAAAGAGCAGGCACAAAUGACUUUAGUGGGUCUUAUAGAAGGACUGCGAUCACACUCUGAAAUUUUAGUAGCAUUUCAUGAUCUUCUUAUUCGAACUGAUAAAGUUCUUUCUGGAUUAUCAGUCGAAACUACAACGAAACGAAUUCAGCUAAAUCGUGCCAAACUGGCAGACUUGGCCAAUAAAAAGGCCUCAACAAGGGAAAUGGAGCGUUUAUCUCAUACCAUUGACCAGGAUCAACGGGAACUUGAGUUUGAAAAGGCACAAGUCAUCUUUAUCCACUUUUGUGUGUGGAGCGAAUUGCAAUUGUAUCAUCGCUUGGAAGACCAAGUCACUAAUCUGUACAAACAACAUGCAAAUGAGCAGAUCCUUUCAUAUCGAAAACAUUAUGAAAUUUGGAGCGAUUUGGUCAACUCACCUGGAUUUUGCUGA